GAAGAUGGAGUCUCCUUCGGAGCCCCACAAACGUUUUAUCUGCUCGUUUCCGGACUGCUCGGCCGCUUAUAAUAAGCGCUGGAAGCUGGACGCGCACUUGUGCAAACACACGGGCGUGAAGCCGCACGCGUGCGCGCACAGCGGCUGCGGCAGAACCUUAACCACGCAGCAGCACCUGGCGCGACACGCGCUCACGCACAGCGGCCUGAAGCCGUUCGUGUGCGGCGUGGACGCGUGCACGGAGGCCUUCACCACCAACGCCAACCGGACCAGGCACGUGGAGCGCGUGCACAGCCACGACAGCAGGAAGUACACGUGCAGGUACGAAGGCUGCGGCCUGGAGUUCCGGAAGAAUAAGCUGCUGAAGGCCCACGUGUGCGAGCAGCACGCGCAGGUGCCGCCGUGCCGCUGCGCCUUCCCGGGCUGCCGCGCGGCCUUCUCCUUCCCCAGCGGCCUGCGGCGCCACCAGAAGGUGCACCGGGGUUACCCGUGCCCGGAAGACGCCUGCGCCUUCACCGGGAAGACCUGGACCGAGUACCUGAGGCACCGCGCGGAGCGGCACGCGGCCGAGCGGCAGUGGCUGGGCCUCAGGUGCGACAGGUGCAGCAAGGUCUACAAGGAGCCCUGGCACCUAAAGGCGCACCAGAAGGUCCACGCGGCCGACAGGGUGGUGCUCAGGUGUCCCCGGGACGGCUGCCAGCGGUCCUUCACCACUGCCUUCAACCUGGAGCACCACAUCAGCUCCUUCCACGAGGAGAACCGACCUUUCGCCUGCACCCACCCGGGCUGCGGGAAGACCUUCGCCGCCAAGCAGAGCCUCCAACGCCACGGCGUGGUCCACGAUCCGGACCGGAAGAAGCUGACCAAGCCUCGGCGCAUACGCUCGCUGGCCUCCAGGUUGAGCGGGUACAGCGAAGGAAAGAGAGCGGUCUGCAAGAAGAAGAGGUCCAAACCCCUCAGCGGGUCUGGACCGCACCAGGAGAACCCAGCAGGUCCAGUUGAACUGGUGUCACUCCUCCAGGACACGUCAUUGACAGGCAGCUCUGGUUUGGAGACUCAGAGACUGACCGAAGUUCUGGCGGCACCGCUGACGUUGUAGAGUCCAGAUGCAGCCUGCAGAAGAACAUUAAUUCAGGACGUUUUGUUUUCGGUCACUGUGACAGUAUUUGGGUUUGUUUGAAGGCAUAGUUGGAGACUGGAAAAAUUUUUUACGUUUUAUUGUUUUGUAUCAUUUAUGUCACAGCUGGAGCCGUAUGCAAACCGUGAAUUGCUGUUCGUGUAACCCCCAUUGUUAUUGAAACUUCUUGAUUCACACAAAACCUGAAACCUUAAAUUCAUCUGCUGUUUCCUGAACCGCCAUCGUCAUCUCAUGAUAGUUGUGGUGGUUUCUGUGCCAAGCUGCAGAAUAUGAUACGUUAUCAUCUCGAUAGCCACUUUGCAAAUAAAAAUUUAAAUUUAUUUUCUGAGCAGGGUGACGUAUUCUGCACGUACUAUUUCAACAGUUUGUUUCAGAUAUCGACGUGGAGAUUAACAUUUCUGGACUUGGCAUCAAUGCAUCAGUCUCUGCUAACUGCGGUUAGCAUUGGUGUAGGUGGUCAAAGCAUAUCUGGUCAACUUCUAGCAUCUUGGUCAAUUGUGGCACUUCUCAUUGGUUGUUACACUACAGUGCUUCUGGUGUUAUUUUAAAAGCUGAAAGUCCUUCCUGCAAUUUAUUAGUGUCACAGUGUUUCAUUUAGUCUCCAUUUAUGUGGGAAUUAUUUUUGUUGUAAAAGUAAGUCCCAUUAAGACAAAACAAAAAAACCUAUGUUGAAUUACAACAACAUGAAGCUGUUAUGAGUGGUUGGGGUUCCUGAGGCAGGUCUAUGACAUCAUCGUUUCAGAAAAGUUCUGUACGUUUUGUGCUGAUGUGACCAAAUCAGAUGAUCAUUUUGAAAUAUUUGUCGGAACCAAACCCACUGACCAACGAAGAGUUGGUACGUGAUAUGAGUUUACUAUAGACUGCUCAUGCUUUCCGUGAUUGGUGCUAAUGACUAGCUGUUGUUGAUGCUAACCAUGAGGAAUGUGGUUGGUUUAUGGACUCAGAGGCAACUUUCAAAACUUUGAGUCAAUGUUUCAGUUGAAAUGUUUUGAACAAAAACGCAGUCUCGUGUCAGAAGUUUGUACUGCAGUAUUUGUGAAUGAGUGAAAGUUCAUGUUGCUGGGUUUCCAUUACAGAUUCGCACAAACUUGAGUGGAAUUUUCAGAAUGUCAACAAAAUACAAACCCAGCGUGACGGUU